AUCCCACUGUUACCUACAUGCACCAAGCAAAGAAGAAUAAACCGAAGUAAAGGCUGCUAAACUCGGUUCUAUUGUUGGUUCAAAUUGGUUAUUACGAGUCUAUUUCCGGUUAAGCACCCUCUCUUCUCUUCUGCGUGCGUUAUACGAAGUUCUCCACUUCAUCAUUUCUCAAUCGCAACGGGGUGAAUUCGAGGAUCGAUCGGAGACUCUUCUCUCAUCACCGGGCCUUCAUCAUCUUCCUCUUUAGUUUCCAACCGUUUCUCGCCGCGAGGAGAGAUGCUUGCUUGACGACGACCUACACCGUUCUCGCCUCCCCUUUUUUUGCUUAACAUUUCUGUGAUCAUUGGUAGAGAAGGAUGUCUACUCCAGCGAGGAAGAGGUUGAUGAGGGAUUUCAAGAGGUUGCAGCAAGACCCUCCUGCUGGAAUCAGCGGUGCUCCUCAAGACAACAACAUCAUGCUCUGGAACGCUGUUAUUUUCGGGCCUGAUGAUACCCCUUGGGAUGGAGGUACUUUCAAACUCUCACUGCAGUUUUCUGAAGAUUAUCCAAACAAACCACCAACUGUUCGGUUUGUUUCUCGGAUGUUCCAUCCUAACAUUUAUGCUGAUGGGAGUAUAUGCUUGGACAUCCUCCAAAACCAGUGGAGUCCUAUAUAUGAUGUCGCUGCUAUUCUUACCUCCAUUCAGUCACUGCUCUGUGAUCCUAAUCCGAAUUCUCCUGCGAAUUCCGAAGCUGCUCGAAUGUUCAGUGAAAGCAAACGCGAGUAUAACAGAAGAGUCCGUGAGGUUGUGGAACAAAGCUGGACUGCAGACUAGUAAUAACAUGCUGUAGCAUUUGUCUUCAACAACAUUGAACCUCCUCUCUUGUGUUUGGUUCCGCUAGCUCUUUCUCUUUCCUGUCUUCCGUGUGUUUUUCAAACUCUGUGAUUGUUGCUAUUAAUGUUUCUAUGUAUUUCCACGUAUUAUCUCAACCACAUUAUAUCUAUUUCAAUUUGAUUAUCUUUCGGAGAUGUUA